AUACACCACGCGUUCGCUAAGCAGCGAGUGUAGCGUGGGGUCGCUGCUCGUCCGUUUCUGGAUGUUUCUGGAGCUUUCUGAAAUCUGCGCCGGUACGGCAUACACGCGUGCGGCACGAGGGAGCAGCAUUCACGAGAAUUCGCGCGAGUCAUCGUCGAAAGUGCCUCUAUCGCACGUACGAACGGGACGACGGCGAUUGUCGGCGACGAGGUAGAGGCUCGCAACAUUUCCGGCGUGCGUGAUGGGUGAUCAGGUAGCUUUGCUGAAGGAGAAAGGAAACGCUGCUUUACAAACGGGCGAUUACGAUGAGGCCAUCAGAUGCUACACGGACGCGAUCGCUCUGGACGGCAAUAAUCACGUUCUCUACAGUAACCGCUCGGCGGCGUACGCCAAGUCCGAGAAGUAUCAGCAAGCGCUGGAGGAUGCCGAGAAGACCGUCAGUCUGAAGGCGGACUGGGGGAAGGGUUACUCGCGCAAGGGCAGCGCCCUCGCCUACCUGGGCAGGUACGACGAGUCUAUACGGGCCUACGAGAAGGGCCUGCAGUUGGAUCCAAACAAUGCGCAGCUCAGGAGCAGUCUGGCCGAGGUGAGGGCUCAGAAGACAGCCGCCGCGACCAAUCCGUUCAAUUCGCCGGACAUGUUCGUCAAGCUGGCGAACGAUCCCAGAACGAAGGGAUACCUGGGCGAUCCGGAGUACAUGAAGCUGCUGCAGGAAUUGCGAACCAAUCCGCAGAGCCUCGGCACCAAGCUCCAAGACACCAGGGUGCUCACCACCCUCAGCGUGCUGUUGGGGAUGAGCGCCGAGAUGGAGGAAGCGAUGGAGACCGAGCCGAUGCAUCCGCCGCAGCCGCCGAAACCGAAACCGCAACCGAAGCCCCAGAAGAAGGAGGAGGAGGACAAUCUCACGCCCGAGAAGAGGAAAGCCUUGGAGGAGAAGAAGCUCGGCAACGACGCGUACAAGAAGAGGUGCUUCGAGGAAGCGCUGCAGCAUUACAACAAAGCCGUGGAAUUGGACUCGACGGAGAUCGUUUAUCUGUUGAACAUAGCGGCGGUGUACUUCGAGCAGAAGGAGUACGACAGGUGUAUCGCCCAGUGCGAGAGGGCCAUCGAGACCGGUAGGGAAAAUAGAGCGGAUUUCAAAUUGAUAGCGAAAGCGUUCACGAGAAUUGGUCACGCUUACAAAAAGAUGGAGAACUGGAAGCAGGCGAAGGUGUACUACGAAAAGUCCAUGUCCGAGCACAGAACGCCGGAGAUCAAGACCUUACUCUCGGAUAUAGACAAAAUAAUCAGGGAGGAGGAGAGAAAAGCGUACAUCGACCCGGUCAAGGCGGAAGAGGAGAAGGAACUCGGCAAUCAAAGGUACAAAGACGGCGAUUACCCCGCGGCUAUAAAGCACUACUCCGAGGCGAUCCUGAGAAAUCCGGACGACCCAAAGUACUACAGUAACAGAGCGGCCUGUUACACCAAACUCGCGGCGUUCGACCUCGGCUUGAAGGAUUGCGAGAAGGUUGUCGAGCUGGAUCCGAAGUUCAUCAAGGGCUGGAUUAGGAAAGGAAAGAUCCUGCAGGCCAUGCAGCAGCCGGGUAAGGCCCUGACGGCGUAUCAGAAGGCGCUGGAACUCGAUCCGCAGAACAGCGAGGCGUUGGAGGGCUAUCGCUCCUGCGCCAUGUCCGCCACCUCUAACCCGGAGGAAGUUAGAAAGCGAGCGAUGGCGGAUCCGGAUAUCCAGAGUAUAUUGCGAGAUCCAGCCAUGAGAUUGAUCUUGGAACAAAUGCAGAGCGAUCCAAGAGCUUUACAAGACCAUUUAAAGAAUCCUGACAUAGCUGCAAAAUUGCAAAAACUUCUGGAAUCUGGUCUCAUCGCUAUCCAUUGAAGAGACGUAAGGAACCGCAUAUAACAUAACUUGUAAUAAAAGACGAAUAACACUGCUAUCACAAGUUCCUUUAACAUUAAGGAAAUUCGCAUUCGUGUAUUGCAGAUACAUUAGCCAUAUGGGAUACUUAUCGUCAUAUUGCUCUGCUGUCACAGACUCCUUUAAUAUUAAGGAAAUUCGCAUUCGUGUAUCGCAGAUACAUUAAGCCAUGUGGGAUACUUAUCGUCAUAUUGCUCUUAAAAAUCUGUGUUCAAAAAGCCAUUUGGAAUAAAACGUUACAUUGUACACAUGAUUCCUCCAUGCAAACGCAGUGGCCUUUAGUGUCAUCGAUGACUUUUGCAUUACAAGACUUGUUACGGUGAUCAUGUGUAUACCAAUACACGUAUAUAUACAUAUAGUGAGAAACUCUUCGUGCAAAAAUGAAGUAUAAUUGUGAAGCUGUGAACUCUUAAUAUUUACAUUUAAAAAAAAAGGAAACUUACUCUGAUGGCUGAAUCGUGAAUAUCAUUUUGGAAGUUGAUAGUGUUAAUUAUGUUUUAGGGAUAAAAAUCAUCGAAAAGAAAACCUAGAAUCCAUCAAUCUUUUUAAAAUAGUAAAGGUUUUCAUGAAAUUAUUUCUGUAUAUGAUGCACACACUAACAUUUCUUUUACCGUUGAUUUAAUUAACGCUUUAGUACUAAAAUUAGUCAUAAGUAUAAUGAAUGCGAAGUCAGGCUAAGGCGACAACCAAUAAGAGGAAUGCUUCGAAUAAACAUCUUUUUAAACCGAA